CUGUCAUCCCUGUGUUCGUAUUUAGAACGGGCUGAAAUUAUUUAAAAAUUACUACUUUAACUGUUCAACAAUUUAAUGGAUCCAUACGUGCAAGUAGUGAAUACUUGCGUCCUGGGCGAAGGGCCGCACUGGGACGGGACGAAGCAAGAGCUCUUCUACGUGGACAUUGAGGGCACUUCCGUCAACCGAUACAACCCUGUAACCAACGACCACGCCAGAGUUACAAUUGCUGGCCAAGGAGGGGUAUCACUCGUCGUUCCCGUGAGUCCUCUGGUCGCCCCCAAUCAAUAUGUCGUCUCUACUGGGAGAGACUUGCAAAUGAUGGAAUGGGAUGGCGUUUCAAGCACGCCAACCUCCCUCACCAAAAUCUUGAGCAUAGACGCGUCCUUUCCCAGCAACCGAUUCAACGAUGGGAAAUGCGAUGCUAGUGGACGAUUGUGGGCAGGGUCAAUGGACGAGAGCGGUGGCACUAAUGGAAAUUUGUAUAAAAUCCAGCGCGGGGCUGAAACCUUGAUGGAAACUGGGAUCAGCAUAUCGAAUGGCAUCGCUUGGUCCAGCGACAAUUUGCUGAUGUAUUACAUCGACACGCCCACCAGACGAGUCGAUGUCUUUGAUUUCAAUGGCGUAGCUGGAACAAUCGCGAAUCGAAGAACUGUGUACGACUUCAACACGGUUGGUGAGGCUGGCUCGCCUGAUGGGAUGACAAUUGAUGCAAACGGACAUCUGUACGUGGGGUGUUGGGGUGGAUUUCAGAUGAUUCACAUUGAUCCAACGACUGGGCAGAAAGUGAAGUCAAUUCCAUUCCCCACAGCAAAUAUUACCAGCGCUGCCUUUGGUGGUAGAAAUUUGGACACAUUAUUUGUGACCUCUGCAACUUCUGGGUUGAGCGAAAUCGAUUUGGCUGGACAGCCAGCAGCAGGAUCGCUCUUUCAGGUCACCAAUCUUGGGGUUCGAGGUCAAAAUGUCGGAAACCCAUAUUUACCAUGAAAUAUGCACACGUAAACUAUGAAGAAAUGCAGGGCUUUAAAUGAAGCCAUAGCUUAUCGAAUAUAAAUAAAUCACUUGAUAAAUAUAAAA